GUGCCCAACGGUUGCUGGCGCAGCUCGCGUGGAGCUGCGGCGGCCAGAGACCCGGGGCCCGAGGAGCGGGCGUGGGCGGGGCAGCGUCGGGCGCUGUCGCUGCCGCCACCGAGUCGGAGCCGCCCCCGUCUCCGCCGCCGCCGCCUGGUCGACGCAGGUGCGGCCGCCGCGCCCGCCGGCGCCCCCGCGGGGAUGGGGCCGGUCUCUUAGGAUGAGGCGUUGGUCGCAGAUAAGAACAAAAAGCCUAAAUAGGGAAGCAUUCAUAUUUCAAGAUCUCUAAGAAGAGGUAGCACAUAUUUAAUAUGGAACAAAAACCUUGUGAAGCAAAUAAUGAAGAGCUCUUGUCAAGUAGUGGCAUCACAUCCAAUGCAGGUUCUUCAGGUCCAUUUUUUAUGCCAUCUAUCCGUGGAACAAUAAUUGAAAACACAUCUUCAACCGGGACUUUGACGCAAAUUCCUUUUUUCCCUAAAUAUGAGGUGGAACUUGAUUCUCACAGAAAAGUCAUUCCUUACCCUGGAAAAGAACACAUUGAACGUGUUUUGGAAGAAUAUUCACAUCAAGUCAAAGAUUUGCAGAGAAGACUAAAUGAAAGCAAUGAAUUGCAUGAGAAACAAAAGUUUUACUUAAGACAGUCAGUCAUUGAUUUGCAAACAAAACUUCAAGAGAUGCAGAUGGAGAGGGAUGCCAUGGCUGACAUCAGACGAAGGGAGAGUCAGUCCCAGGAGGAUUUAAGAAAUCAGCUUCAAAAUACAGUUCAUGAACUCGAAGCUGCCAAAUGCCUUAAGGAGGAUAUGCUGAAAGAUAGCAACACCCAGAUAGAGCAGCUGAGAAAGAUGAUGCUUGGUCAUGAGGGAGUGCUUCAAGAAAUCCGAUCAGUCCUAGUUGACUUUGAAGAGGCCUCAGGCAAGAAAAUAUAUGAACACGACAGCAUGUCUACCCUCCACUUCCGCAGCAUGGGCUCAGCUAUUAGUAAAAUCCUAAGAGAAUUAGACACAGAGAUUUCUUAUCUUAAAGGGAGGAUAUUUCCAGUAGAGGAUCAGCUCGAAGCGCUGAAAUCUGAAUCACAGAACAAAAUGGAACUACUUCUUCAACAACAUCAAGAUAGGAUUGAGCAGUUAAUAAAUGAACAUGAAAUUGAAAUAACAGGACUUACUGAGAAAGCCAGCAGUGCUCGGAGCCAAGCUAAUAGUAUCCAGAGUCAACUGGAAAUCAUUCAAGAACAAGCAAGAAACCAAAAUUCAAUGUAUAUGCGUCAACUCAGUGACCUAGAAUCUACUGUUUCUCAACUACGUUCUGAAUUAAGAGAAGCCAAAAGGAUGUAUGAAGACAAGAUAGAAGAGCUGGAGAAGCAGUUAGUUCUUGCGAACUCAGAGCUAACAGAAGCACGGACAGAGCGUGAUCAGUUCAGUCAGGAAUCUGGAAAUCUGGACGAUCAACUUCAAAAGCUCUUGGCUGAUCUGCAUAAGCGAGAGAAGGAGCUGAGUCUGGAGAAGGAGCAGAACAAGCGUCUGUGGGACAGGGACACAGGCAACAGCAUCACCAUUGACCACCUGCGGCGGGAGCUGGACGACAGGAACAUGGAGGUGCAGCGCCUGGAGGCCCUUCUCAAGGCCAUGAAGAGCGAGUGCCAGGGCCAAAUGGAGCGGCAGAUGGCAGCAAUUCAGGGAAAGAAUGAAAGUCUAGAGAAAGUGUCCUCCUUGACGGCCCAACUGGAAUCCACCAAAGAGAUGCUCCGCAAAGUAGUGGAAGAGUUGACAGCCAAGAAGAUGACCCUGGAGAGCUCCGAGAGGACCGUGUCUGACCUGACAGCUUCUCUGCAGGAAAAAGAGAGGGCCAUCGAGGCCACCAACUCGGAGAUCCUGAAGCUGCGCUCCCGGGUGGACCUGAAGCUGCAGGAGCUGCAGCACCUGAAGAAUGAGGGGGAUCACCUCCGAGACGUGCAGACCGAGUGCGAGGCCCUCAAGCUGCAGAUGGCAGAGAAGGACAAAGUCAUCGAGAUCCUGCGGCAGCAGAUUGAGAACAUGACCCAGCUGGUGGGCCAGCACGGCCGGACGGCUGGCGCCAUGCAGGUGGAGAAGGCCCGGCUGGAGAAGGAGGUCGGCGACCGGAGGCUGGAGCUGCAGGAGCUGAAGAUUUUGAAAGAUAAAAAAGAUGCAAAGAUACGGGAGCUUGAGGCCAGAGUGAGUGACCUGGAGCUGGAAAAGGUGAAGCUGGUGAAUGCAGGUUCUGAGCGGCUCCGUGCAGUGAAGGACAUCAAACAAGAGAGAGAUCAUUUAUUAAGUGAGGUGAAAACCAGUAGGAAUGAGUUAAACAGUCUUACAGAGGACUAUGAAGUCUUAAAAAGGAAUUUUCGAAACAAAAGUGAAGAAAUGGAAACUACGACAAAUAAGCUGAAAAUGCAAUUAAAAUCUGCACAGUCUGAGCUAGAACAAACAAGAAAUACAUUAAAGUCCAUGGAAGGAUCUGAUGGUCAUGCUAUGAAAGUGGCAAUGGGGAUGCAAAAGCAAAUUACAGCUAAAAGAGGUCAGAUAGAUGCCCUUCAGAGCAAGAUACAAUUUUUGGAAGAGGCAAUGACAAACGCAAACAAGGAAAAGCAUUUUCUAAAAGAAGAGAAGACUAAAUUAAGCCAGGAAUUGAGUACUGUUGCAACAGAGAAAAACAAGAUGGCUGGAGAACUAGAGGUCCUGAGAUCCCAGGAACGCCGUUUGAAAGAAAAGGUUGCUAAUAUGGAAGUUGCUCUUGAUAAGGCAUCUUUGCAGUUUGCAGAAUGUCAGGAUAUAAUACAGCGUCAGGAGCAAGAAUCUGUGCGCCUGAAACUUCAACACACUUUGGAUGUAAAAGAGCUUCAGGGCCCUGGAUAUACCUCAAAUUCUUCUGUGAAACCACGCCUUCUACAGCCGUCAUCUGCUGCCCGUUCUCAUUCUAAUAUACCAUCUUCCCAAUCCACAGCCAGCUUCCUGUCUCAUUUUGCAGUCUUACUCCUGCUGUACCAGAUAUCCUGGAACUUAACAUCCUUUGGUUCAACCUCACCCAGAGAUUAUAAAUUUAUUUAGGGGAAAAGAAUGAACUCUAACCUGACUACAUGGGGAACAUAUCUGGGAUUCUCACAGCUUCUGCCAUAAACUGUUAGCCAAUCCUCCCCUUUGCCACCCAGUCUUGCCCCGGCCUUUGAAAAUACCCAGGCCUCCAUGUCCUCAGUCUUGCUGGAAUACUCUUGCAGAACAGCUUGUUGCUUCUUGGCUGCUUCUGUGCAGGUACUUGAUGUUGUAGCUUUCUUUGUUCUGCUAAACUAGUUGUAAAUUACCCAUUUGCUUUCCAUCUCCCAAAAUAUUAUCAUCCUUACUCAUCUAAUGUUAUCUCUCCUUUCCUCUUUAUCCUUGUUCAUUUCUUUAGUGUCAUUUUAGUGGGGCCUCAGAUAGAGCAGAAAUAAAUGUCAAGUCUUAUGUUUAAAAGUAGAAUGUUCCUGGGGGUUUGGGUUGGAAAUGCUAGAAAAUUUGGUUGUGAUGAUCAGUGUACAACUAUAAAUGUAAUUGAGUAAUAAAAAAAUGAAAAAAAAGAAUGUUCCUGUGUGCAUCGUUCUGCGUUGUCCCUUCAUUUAUCUCAUUUCAGUUUAGUCAUCUUGUUCUGUGAUUGUACUGAUAGUCAUUAUUUACUAAACACCAGGCACUGGACAAUGUACUUUCCAUAGAUUAUAGAAUUUAUUCCUCACAACUGCCCACACGAGGUAAGUGCUGGCAUUAUACCUAUUUUACAGUGGAAGAAACCGAAGCUUAGAGAAGCUAAAUAAGUGACUUACAGAGCUCACACCCCCAGAACGUGUUUGUGCCAAGACUUAACCAACACAGCCUGAGUCUAGAACCUGUCUUCUUAACCAGUUAUACCAUACCGAUUCUCUACACCACAUUGUUGAGUGCUGAUUAUAAAAAAAUGAGUAAAUGAUGUAAAUAGAUACUCCACCUUAACUAAUAGUGAAUAAGGUCUUUGUAAAUGAGGAUCAUAGUGUUUUGGAGGUCCAGAGGCGUUAAAAAUUAGCCAGUUGAUUACUCUAGUGUUUAUAGGUGAGAAAAUGGUAGAACCAGAAAAAUUGUAUUAUAUGAUUUGGUCCAAGUUCAAACACCUACAACAUGUACAUAUAUGUCUGUAUAUGUAUAUACACAUACAUACAUGGAUACACAUGCAUAUAAUUGGUAGCUUGAUGUAGAAGUAUUUUAGAUUAAUGUUUCAGCUAAAGGGUAUUUUAGCAUAUGAAAAUAAAAUUUUUCCAGGAUAAUAUAAUUUAUUUUAUUUAUAUAUCAGAUUCUAUUCGCUUGCACUGUAAUUUACUAGUUGUGCUUGAUCUUUGUCACCGAAGUACCUAUAAUGUGAACAGAAUUUUCAACAAGACUUUAUAACCUUUGUCUUAUUUCCUACUCAACCAUUUUAGUACGCAAUAUGAA